UUACCAGUUAAUAAUCUUUAGUUGAUCAGUCCGCAGACAUGAGAGGCUAAUUUUAAAUUCCAAAGUAUUUCUUGUCAGCAAUCGACUAAAUUCCAAGUAACUGUAUAACUUUCACGAGUACGACUGUCUUUCGUUUGAUCGGACCAGCUAUUAUUGACAAUUUAACAAUAAUUGAAUUUCUAAAUAAAUAUAAAUUAACAUUGUUUAGAGCACAUCUUUAGCAUCAUGUCGAGGAGUUGUCAGAAUUUAUGUCUUCCUCCUCCCCCUUCCUGUUGUCUACCAACGAGAUGUCCAACUUCAUGUUCUAUAAUUUGUUGUACCCCACCUGUGAACUUUCCUUGCCUGCCUCGUGUAUCCCGUGUUCAAUAUAAAAUAGCUUGUCCGCCCCCGUGUAUACCGAAACCUACUAAGACAUGUUUACCUACUAAGACUGUGAUAUAUCUGCCACCCUGCCCAACCUGCUCGGUGUCUUCUCCACCGAAAAUGGAAAUGAGGUAUUUGCCAGCUACACCAGCUCCGCCAUCCCGCUUUUACGUUUGCAACACGAAUUGCGUCCCUUGCCCACCUUGUCCACCACCCUCGUGUAACUCGCCCAGUAAUAAACCCCCGCUAUGCUUACCCCCUUGUCCCCCCUGUUAAGUGACGGCGCUCUAAUUGGCGACUGACUGGGCAGUAAUUAAGCAACUGCAUGCAAAGUACGCAUCAAAGUGUACGAAGCAAAAAAAUACGAGCUUGCUAAACGGCUUAAGUUAGAAGAAGAACGUGGGAAAUAAUUAAGAUAAAGUCGAUACAGAAUUAGAUUACAAUCGAAGAGAAUUUUACCUACAAAGACAAAAUUACCAUUUUAACGAAAUACACAAAAUAAAUAUACUUCCAAAAUAACGAAUGUGACCGAAGAAAUGUGAUUUUAAUUGAAUUGGAUUCUCUUGCGAUCUCAGUCUCCUAAUUUUUUGUCUUCUGUUUUAUGCUUAUGAGUUUAAAUUAAUUAUAUUACAUUUUUCUAGUACAUUAUAAAAUAUUAAAUAUAUUUAUGUCCUACAUUCGUAUAAAUUGUAAACAGUAAAGAAAUUCAUAUAUUGGUUACUAAUGUAUAAAACUGCUGUAACAUAUUUUAUCUAUAUUUUUGUCAUUAUGUCUGCAGAAUAAAGAGCGUUGCUUUCAAAA